AUGGCCCAGCAGCAAACAGGUAGCAGGAAGCGGAGCGCGCCGGCGGUUGAGGCGGGCUCCGGGAGCUCGCCGUCGCAGGGCUUGGCGGACAGAGAGGGGCCGCUGCUACCCAAGAGGCAGAGGCGGCCGGUGACGCGUCGCUCUGUGGUUCAUUAUCUGAAGGGCCGGGAGGUAGGCGCCCGGGGCGCAGCGGGGCUCCAGGGCUUCGAGAGCGAGCUGCGGGGCUACGCGGUACAGAGGCUGCCCGAGCUGCUGACGGAGCGCCAGCUAGACCUGGGCACCCUCAACAAGGUGUUCGCGUCUCAGUGGCUGAACUCCAGGCAGGUGGUGUGCGGCACCAAGUGUAACACGCUCGUAGUGGUGGAUGUGCAGUCGGGCCACAUCACACGCAUCCCCCUCAUGCGGGACAAGGAUGCCGGCCUGGCCCCGGCCCGUCGGAGCUGCGGCAUCCAUGCCAUCGAGCUGAAUCCCUCCAAGACGCUUCUAGCCACUGGCGGCGAAAACCCCAACAGCCUGGCCAUCUACCGGCUGCCCACCCUGGAUCCCCUGUGCCUGGGCGACCGCCAUGGCCACAAGGACUGGAUCUUUGCCAUCGCCUGGCUGAGUGACACCGUGGCUGUGAGCGGCUCCCGCGACGGCACCGUGGCGCUGUGGCGGAUGGACCCGGACAUGUUCGAUGGCACCAUUGCGUGGCACAGUGAGGUGGGUCUUCCCAUAUAUGCCCACAUUCGUCCUAGGGAUGUGCAAACCAUCCCCAGGGUCAGCACCAACCCGGGCAACCGCAAGGUGCGGGCCCUGGCCUUCAGCGGCAAGAACCAGGAGCUGGGAGCGGUGUCCUUGGAUGGCUACUUCCACCUGUGGAAAGCCCGGAGCACACUAUCCAGGCUGCUGUCCAUCAGGCUGCCCUACUUCCGGGAUAAUGUGUGCCUGACCUACUGCGAUGAAAUGUCUGUAUACGCCGUGGGCUCUCAUUCCCACGUCUCCUUCCUGGAUUUGCGCCAGGGCCAGCAGAACAUCCGGCCCCUGUGCUCUCGAGAGGGUGGCACGGGCGUGCGGUCCCUGAGCAUCUACCGCCACCUGAUCACUGUGGGCACCGGCCAUGGCUCCCUGCUCUUCUAUGACAUCCGCGCCCAGAAGUUUCUGGAGGAGAGAACCCCCGCAGGCCUCGACUCCGCUCUGGAACCUGCAGGGAGGAAGCUCAGGCUUGACUGUGGCAGAGGCUGGCUCAACCACGAUGAUUUCUGGGUGAAUUACUUUGGUGGCAUGGAAGAGUUGCCCAGUGCGCUGUACACCCACUGCUACAACUGGCCUGAGAUGAAGCUCUUUGUGGGUGGGGGACCCCUCCCUGCAGGCCUCCAUGGGAACUACGCAGGCCUCUGGAGCUAAGGAUGGACGCCUUGUUCUCCAGGUGGAACCAGCCCAACUUAACCUGUACUCCUCCAAGCAGAGAUAGUGAGUGAUCUUUUGGUCAAUGAAAACUUGGCUUUAAGACUUUUUGACUCCUGUCCAACAUCAUCUUUUUGAAUUUUCAUACCAAGAAUUUUGGUUAAUCUUUAGUUACAUUCUCUUUGAGUGAUUCAUAUAUUCUGUUUCUUAAAGGAGAUGCAGUUGUGGUCUUAGAAUUACAUAUAUUCCCUUUUUCCCCUCGUUACCAGUAUUACAACAGCAUUGUUUUUAGUUAUUUUUCAUUGCUGAUACAUGGUAUACUAAAAGAAAUUUUUCUAGUAAGCAGGGUGUUUCUACAUCUUUUCUGGAGAGCUUACCAUAGUUUUAUAGCAUUGUUCGAUUGGAAAAAUACAUUCCAAUUUCUAGAUUAGAUUAUCUACUUUUGGAAACAGUUUUGAAGUUGUGAUCUUAGUGUAUAUAGUUUUUACCUUGUUAGUGCUAAAAUGCUUUUCUAAAGUGUAUUCUCUUUUAAAAGAAGUUUUCAUAGAAUCUUGUGUUUGUAUCAAACUCUUAAUUAGUCAGAACACUUCAGGAGUGCAGGAUUUCUUUUUCACUGAAUUUUCAGAAUUAAUCUGAAAGUUGAAACAACCAUUUUUUUUUUUUUUUACUUUUCAAACCAUAUUUAAGUUGUUAUUACCUGUCCUUAAGUGGAUAAAAGAAUGUGUAUUUUUCACUUGUUGCCUUAGUACUAUCAAGACUUGUGAAUAUAUUUGAAUGUAUGUUGUUUGAAAAACUUGCACAGUGCAUUGGAGCCAACAUGCAAAGCAGGAAAUGUGAAUGUGGAAUGUAUGGCAGGCUGGGCAGAAUGUAUACUGAUCUAGGAUAUAGACUGGAUAUUUUUGCCGUUGUUGUUUUUAAUAGAAAAUGUUAUAUUUGAGGAUAUUUAACAUUUUUCAAUUCUGCUUAAGAGGUAAUUCACAAUAAAAAAGAAA